CUGCUUGUGAAAAAAGGGGCCUCUAUGAGGUCCAUGAAGGGACGCACUAUACAAAAGUUCUAUCAAAAGAUUCUCAUAGAGGAUUCGAGACAUCGCCGUGGCAACAGAACACUUGGCAGGGGUCAACUCGAAAGUACAGAAAGGGACUGAAGAGCUGAGUGGAGAAGCAGACCAUAUUGAAGAGUAUCAUCAGAGCACAGUGUGAGCUGCAGCCAUGAGAAGAAAAACAUUUUGGGACAUUUGGGGGAAUUCAAAGGAGGAAGAAGAAGUUGUGAGGCGAGCUGCUCAACUGAAGCCAUUCACUUCGGAACUGAAAAUGUUGCUGGGUAACGGUGCUUUGCGGGCACAGUUGGAGAAUAGCAAGAUGGUGUCUCUGCUGCCCCCUGUCGGUACGAGUGUCUUCAGGCACUUUACACCUGGCUCACUGAAGGAGAUCCAACGAUGCCGUGAAGUCCAAGAAAAGGAACGACAGAAAAGAGAAGACAAGAAUAUCUCGCAGGUGACAGUAGCACAGGAGAAUCCAGCAGGUGGCUUGGAGAGUGGCAAGCCCCUUCCUUUCAUCUUUGGGGACCCAUCCCCUGAAUUUGUCAACACCCCUCUGGAGGAUCUGGAUCCCUUCUACCAAUCACAGAAGGUCUUCAUCGUUCUGGAUGGACAAAAGGUCAUCCACAGAUUUAAUGCAGAUCCUGCUUGUUACAUGCUGACUGCUUACAACCAUGUGAGGACCUCUGCCAUUAAGAUCCUCCUUCACUCCUUUUUCCGAGCUUUUAUCCUGCUAACCAUUUUGACCAAUUGCGUGUUCAUGACCGUACAAGAGCCUCUAGAGUGGACCAGGAUUGUCAAGUUCGCUAUUAUCGCCAUCUACGCAAUUGAGGUGCUCGUCAAAGUUGCAGCUCGAGGUUUCUGCGUCGGUCGGUUUACCUUCCUCAGGGAUCCGUGGAACUGGCUGGACUUGGUGAUCAUCAGCACGGCAUAUCUGGCGGAAAUUGUCAAUUUGGGCGGCCUUUCUAGAUUCCUACAAGUCCUCCCAGCACUCAAGCUCAUCCCAGCCAUACCCAGUGUGAAGAAAACACUCGGAGCGCUCACGCGAGUGGUGAGGAAGAUGAAUCACGUGAUCGCCCUGAGCCUGGGGUGCCUGAUAGUCCUCGCUGCGCUCGAGCUGCAUAACUUUAUGAGCUACUUAUUGAACAAGUGUGUGUUGAUACAAUCAAGCAACGACUCGUAUGUAGACCACAUCAACGACGGUGGUAAGAAACGUAACAUUGUUUUUUCUUUUUUUCUUCCUCCAUCACGUCUGCUUGAAAAUAUCCCCUGUCUGCAUUGUCUGACAGCAAAUUAUUAUUACCUGCCUGGACACACUGAAGCUCAGCUGUGUGGAAACCGAUCCUCUGCCGGGACCUGCCCGGACGGUUUUAUGUGUCUGAAUGUGGGAACAAACCCAAAUUACGGCUACACAAACUUUGAUUCCUUUGGCUGGGCUUUCCUGGCUCUACUCAGAUUGAUGACUCAGGACUUCUGGGAGGACCUUUUCCGACUGAUAUUGCACUCAGGUGGCAAAAUCUACACCAUCAACUUCUUGGCGGACAUUUUGCUGGCCUCUUUUUCUCUCGGGAGUCUGAUUGUGGCAGUGAUCGCCGUGGCGUUUGUGGAGCAGAAGCAGGCGGAGACGACCGAGGCCGAGCAGAGGAGCAAAGACUAUGCUGAAAUUGUGGAGACGCUGAAGAAGGAAGAGAAGGUGGACGGCAGCGGUGGCCUCGACGAGAAGCCGAGUUCAGGUGUCGACACACCCAAAACACCACCUGUGGCGAUUUUUGGCUUUUUCUCCAAUUUCGCUGUGCUUUCAGAACGUAAGGACGAGCAACGGCCAUGUUCGCCGUGCUGCUCGGCGUUCACCGCCAUCUUCAUCAAGUGGACCUGUUGCGACGGCUGCCGGCCUAAGCAGCUGCUCCACCGCGUCGUCUCCGAUCCCUUCUUCGAUCUCUUCGUCGUCAUGUGCCUCCUGCUCAACAUCACCUUCAUGGCCAUGGAGCAUUUCCCCAUGACGUAUCAGUUUGCGGAUAUGCUCUUUAUCUCGGUGCCGGUCUUCGCGGUGAUUUUUGCAGUGGAGGUGGGCCUAAGAUUUCUGGCCACGGGUCCCUACUUCUUCUUCCAGGUUGGAUGGAACAUCUUUGACUUGGUCAUUGCUGUCAUCACGUUGCUGGAGUUGCACUUGGUGUUCAUUUCUGAACUGAGCUUUACAAGAUUGUUCUGUGUGAUGAGAGUGUUUAGGUUGGCCAGGUGGUGGCCCAACUUCAACGCGUUGCUCAAGCUCAUCAGAAGCUCCUUGGGCGUUCUGAGGCGCUUCACUCUUCUUCUGCUCAUCAUCAUCUUCAUCUUUGCGGCCAUGGGAUUUCGAAUCUUUGGAAGGAACUACGAAGAAAAUGUGUGUCGCAUCUCAGAAGACUGCUCACUUCCUCGCUACCACAUGGCGGAUUUCAUCCACGCCUUCCUCCUCACCUUCCGAGUUCUUUGCGGAGAGUGGAUUGAGACAAUGUGGGAUUGCAUGCAGGUCGCAGGGGAGCCUGCAUGUCUUAUCUUCUACGCGACUAUGGUGGUGGUCACAAAGCUGGCGCUUUUGAAUCUGUUCUUGGCCUUGUUGAUCAAAUCACCCAACGGUGAUCAUCAGACAGCUUCAGAGGUAGAAGCACAAAAGAAUCUGCAGGAGGCCCUCAACCGGAUCCGCCGGGCCGUGAUGGGCGUAAAGUCCCAGGUCCUGGGGCAUCCGAGCAAGAAGACGGGAUGGAAGGCCAAUCUGAAUCCUCCUGGUCUUAAGAGCGAUGAGCCGGACCAGAAGGAGUUCUUGGCACUUACUUUCGUAAACACCGAAGAGCCCGAAUCUGAAGUCAAGACCUGUGAUGAAGCCUUCAAAAGUGCAUCUGCAAAUGGAGAUGCUGAUGAAGAAAAUAAUCACGGCGACUCGGCAGCGGGAUUGCGCAAACCCGACGACCGAGACACACCUGCCCAGUGCUUCUGUGACCAGUGUUACCGUUGCUGUCCAGUCCUCAACAUGGACUCGUGUCCGGCAGGACUCAAAACCUGGUCCAACUGGAGGAGAAUGUGCGUCUCAGUGGUUGAUCACAAAUAUUUUGAGGCUUUUGUGACCUUUGUAAUCUUCCUGAGCAGCUGCGCUCUGGCCGUUGAGGACAUCUAUCUGGAGAAGCGAGUGGUGCUCAGGAGCGUUUUGGAAUACGCCGACUACGUGUUCACAUGCAUCUUUGUGCUGGAGAUGCUUCUCAAGUGGUUCGCAGGUGGAUUCAAAAAGUACUUCACCGACGCCUGGUGCUGGCUCGACUUCCUCGUUGUGCUCAUAUCUCUACUCUCCACAUUUGCUACCCUUCUGGGCAUUCCUCAGCUGAAAGCCUUCACGUCUCUGAGAACUCUGAGACCCCUCAGGCUUUUGUCUCGCUUCGGUGGCACAAAGGUGGUGGCGACAACACUCUUCGGAGUCUUCCCGGCCAUCUUGGACGUGUUGCUGGCUUGUCUGACCCUCUGGUUGAUCUUCAGCAUAAUGGGAGUGAAUUUGUUCGCCGGGAGAUUUUAUUCCUGCGUCAACAGCACUUGGAUAAUGCAAGACGUCAACAACAAGACGGAGUGUUUCAUGCUGAUGGAAUCUAACUACUCUGAAGUCCGCUGGCACAAUCCCCAAGUCAAUUUUGACAACGUGGGGAUGGGCUUCCUCUCGCUUCUGCACGUGGCAACUGUUAAAGGCUGGUUGGACUUAAUGGCAUCAGCAAUGGACUCCAAAGAAGUUGAGUCACAGCCGGAGUAUGAGGCCAACAUGUUUACAUCCCUCUACUUCGUCUUUUUCAUCAUUUUGGGCUCCUUCUUCACGUUCAACUUCCUCAUCAGCACUAUCAUUGAGCACCUCAAGUGGCAGAAGGCCAAGUUGGGAGCAACGGGAAUUUUCAUGACACAGGACCAGAUGACACUGUACGAUUCCCUGAAGGCGUUCAGCCAGAAGAAAACCCAGAGGUCUGUUCCCCGGCCACAAAACAAGAUUCAGGGGUUGCUCUUUGACCUCGUGACCAAAGACUUCUUCGAUAUCGCGUUCACGGUGGUCGCUUGUAUCCAAGUGCUGGUCUUGAUGGUGGGAACGCGGGACGAAAGCAUGGAAAAGAUCAAGAUUAUCUUCUGGAUCGACUUUGCUAUCAUCGUCAUCUUCACAGCCGAGUGCGUGCUGAAGCUCAUUGCGCUCCGACGGCACUACUUUGCGUUUGGAUGGAACAUCUUUGACUUUGUGCUGGUUGUUCUUUUCAUUUUGGGAUUGUUCUUGGAAGAUGUGCUGAACAAAUACUUUAUCCUGACACAUCCAUUCUUCAGCGUGAUUCGAUUGGCCCGCACCUUCCGGGUUCUUCAUCUCUUCCGUUUUGCAAAGGGAGUCCGAAGGCUGCUCUAUGUUUUGAUGAGGUCACUUCCUGCCCUCUUCAACAUCGGGCUCUUCCUCUUCCUCAUCAUGUUCACCUUCUGCGUCUUUGGCAUGCAACACUUUGCUUAUGUGAAGAAAAGAGCUCUGAUGGACGACGUGUUUAACUUUGAGACAUUCGGGAACGCGUUCAUCUGUAUGUUUACCAUGACGACGUUGGCCGGGUGGGACGGAUUGCUCCUGCCCAUCAUAAGCGAGCCGCCGGACUGCGAUCCGUACUUGGGAAACUGCGGUCGACCGGUGGUGGGCAUCCUCUUCCUCACAUCCUAUGUGAUCAUGUCUUUCCUGGUGGUGGUCAACAUGUACAUCGUCGUCAUUUUGGAAAAAUUCAAUAUGGCCGCCGAGGAGAGCAUUGACGAGCUCUGCGAGAUGUUUUAUGACACGUGGGAGAGGUUUGACCCACACGCCUCAGGCUUGAUUCACUCCAGCCAGCUGUCAGAUUUCUGUGACAGUCUGAAAGAGCCGCUGAGAAUCGCCAAACCCAACGGAAUCAAAGUGAGCAACAUGGAUUUGCCUCUGGUUCCUGAAGACAAGAUCCACUAUUUGGACCUCCUGCUGGCCCUCACUGCUCAGGUGCAGGGAAUGUCAGGAGAGAGGGAUAAGCUAAAAGCUAGCAUGGAGGAGAAGUUCAAGGCCCGCCAUCAAGCCAUUAACAAGCGGGAAGAUGACGCCGCAAUCGUCAUCCAGAGAGCGUACAGGAAACACGCGGCGCAGUCGCCAGUCCAAACGGGAGCCCAAAAUGGAGACGUAGAAGCGUGAGGUGUACCCCUCACAAUGUGCAGUGACAACUUGACGCAUUCUGAUUGUCGUGUGGUCUGUGUAGAGGUUUCCUCCGACCACUAGAGGGCACCAGCUUUCAACGCUUUCAGAUCAACAAAAUGUUAACCUGAAGUAUUUUACUAACCGUAUCAUACUAACCAUUUUAAUCGUGUAUCCUACUUAAGCUUAGUCUUUGUACUUUGGAGCCUCACCACAAGACGGUAUAUACAUUUACUAAACAGCAGAUACAUUUUAUAUUAUGGCAAAACAGAUGUGAGCACUACAAUGUUUAAUUUCUUGUUGACAUGAUUGGAGGGAUGAAUAUGAGUAAAAGAUUUUUUUUACCACCAA